UAGUCAGCACGGGUAGAUCAACGAGAAAUUAAAGUUUCACUACACUUUAAAGGCCACUUUGUAGCUGGUAGUUGAUACCACUUUUUCAUGAACUUCAUUCAUAGACUUAAUUAUCUACCAUUUACACUACAAAUAUAACAUUUAAAAAAAACCACAAGAAAUCAUCAUAUAUCAUAUCAUCGUCGUCGUCCCCUAAGUAUAGUAUGGGUAGACCUCCUUGUUGUGAUAAAGAUGGCAUCAAGAAAGGUCCAUGGACCCCUGAAGAAGAUAUCAUUCUUGUCUCUUAUAUCCAAGAACAUGGCCCUGGCAAUUGGAGAUCUGUUCCUACCAAUACCGGAUUACAAAGAUGUAGCAAGAGUUGUAGGCUAAGAUGGACAAAUUACCUCCGACCCGGAAUCAAACGGGGCAACUUCACUCCUCAUGAAGAAGGCAUGAUUAUCCAUUUGCAAGCUUUAUUGGGUAACAAAUGGGCAGCAAUUGCAUCAUAUCUUCCUCAAAGAACAGAUAACGAUAUCAAGAAUUAUUGGAAUACCCAUCUAAAGAAAAAGCUUAAAAGAUUUCAAUCGACUUUUCAACCCGAUCCACAAGCCUCAAAUGCCACAACGUCGUCAUCAUCAUCUCUAAAUAGCAAAUCAAUGAACGAGGAUCAUAGUUUUUAUCAUAACAAUAUGGUAAUACCGAUUCAACCAUCAUCAUCAACAUCAACAUCAGCAUCAACAUGUUAUGCCUCGAGUACAGAGAAUAUUUCGAGGCUUCUUGAAAGUUGGAUGAAAUAUUCUCCAACUUCCAAGACCAAGUUAAUAACUAGUGACAACCACGACCACAACCAUAAUAAUAAUAAUAAUGAUGAAAAUAGCACAAAUUAUAAUGGCUCGUAUUUUGAAAAAGAUCACGAAAAUCAAUUUAAGUCAAUAUUGUCAUUCGACAACCUUCUUAAUAAUAAUAAUAAGAUUGUCGUGACAACUAUUGGCGAGUCCAAUGAAGACGACACUAACGAAGAAGUUGAAAAGGUACGUGACAAGAACACGGAUAAAAUUAACGACCAUGAUCAAAUUAAUCCUCCAUUAACGUUCUUAGAGAAAUGGCUUUUGGACGAAUCUACUACGUCUCGUCAUGUAGCCGAGGAGAUUUUGAGGCUACCAUCCAUAUUCUAAAGUUGAAUAUGAUCAUGAUGGUGUAUUAUCUAUUAUCAUUAUUAUCAUUAUUAUUAAUUAGUACAAAAUAAUUAAUUGUAUUAAUCAACCAAUUAAUAUAUGUAUUAUUAGGUGUGGUCGUUAAUGAUAAUCAAUAAGUAUAUAUUACCUACAUUUAGGGUAAUGUUUUGCCCUUUUUAGGUGGGUUCAUGUACGUUCUAUUUUACGUAUUCUUAUCUAAGUUUUUGAAAUAGAAAGAACAUACAAAAGGAUAAGAUUUAGAUGAAAUUCGUUAUUGAACACCACUCUCGAAUAAAAACUUAUGCAUAUAUGUUAUAUUAGCUCUGAUACCAUAUCAAGUGACUAAUUAAACACAAAAAGUGAAUGAUAUUUAAACUUGAAACAUUUCGUUAUGUUAGCUAUGAUAUCAUAUCAAGUGGCCAACCUAACCAAAAAGUUAAUAUAAAACUAUGAGAUAUCAAGUAUUGUAGAAGACCUUAUGAGCUAAACUAAUUUGACUAGAUAUUUGAGUUUGGUUUUAUAAUUGAUGAAUAAAGUUGUGAUCUGAGUAAAUUUAUUAAUGGUAAUGGACCCUUAAUGUUAAGUACGUACAGCUGCAUGCAUGUGGUGAAAGAGGGACCAAGCUAAUUGAAAGCGUAAAAUUGAAGAAGAGAAGGGCCCCACACAAUAACAAUGGUGGAAAUUAAUUUGGAUGAAAGCUCCAAAUUGCUAUAUAGUCAUCCUUAUUAAUGCUUGAGCCUGAAUUUUCAGCAUUUAAUGUGAUGACUAGAUUGCAAUUACUAAUCUUAGUCCUUGUCAUGUUGCGUAUUCUAUGCUGCUAAACGGUCAUCUAAUAAUUUCUUUCACCUUUUCGAAUAAGUAUUACUUUUCUUUAAAAUGUUAUGAGUUUGAUUCUCAAUUAAUCUUCUUUUUCUGGAAUCUGCUCACCAUCAGAAUGUAAAGAUGGUACAAUUAAAUUUUAAUUGUUAUAAUUUCAGUUUUCCAUAUACAGCGAAUAAGAAAUUUCAAAAUAACAAAUUUUUUUCAAAGAGACAUGAAUUAU